CACAUAAUCGAUUACCUACAUAUUAAUAGUUUUCACAUUCCAUACCUGAGUGAUUUUAUAAUUCCCAGAUAAACUGCCAACUCAAAGAUUACCUUAUCUGAAACGUUUAAGAAAUUUUAGUGGUUCCCACAUACCCAGAUUAUUUGAACUAAAACGCAGCUCAAAUACCUACAGAAAUUGCCAUCGACAAUAAGUGCAAACUACAUUUUAGGAUUAGGUGUCGUUAAUUGUUCAUUUCGAGAAGGUUACUUACAGAAAAAAAAAAUAUAAUACUGUCUUAAAAAUGGUUUUUAAAAAAUUAGGCCUACCAUGUCGUAUAUUCAUAGCUUCGUUGCUAUCUGCGAUACUCAUAGUGGUGUUAUAUUACGGUUUAAUGCCAAAAGAACGAAAAGGAAAUGCUGAUUCUACAUCACCAGCUUCUGCUUCAAAUCCUAAAAUUUAUGGAAAGUAUUCUCAUGCUGCUGUAGUUAGUAAUUCCGAACCAUGUUCAACAAUUGCCAAAAAUAUUUUACAAAAAGGUGGCAAAGCUGUAGAUGCGUUGAUAUCUGCUAUGCUGUGCGAAGGUGUCACGGUGCCAAAUACGAUGGGCAUAGGUGGUGGUUCUUUUAUGACAAUUUAUGAUAAGUCCAGAAACAAGGCCAGUGUUAUUAUUGCCAGAGAAACAGCUCCGGCUAAAUCUACUGCUGAUAUGUAUCAUGGAAAUCCAAAACUUUCAACCAAAGGAGGACUAGCGAUAGGUAUCCCAGGAGAAAUAAAAGGUUACUGGACGGCGUAUAAUAAAUUCGGUGGUGGAGUUCCUUGGAAAGAUAUCUUCACACCGACUAUUUCUCUUUGCGAAAAUGGUAUCCCAAUUAAUAAAGCUCUAUAUCAAAUGUUGGUCAAAUCUGAAGUCGCGAUUCAAUCUGAUCAGGAAUUCCGUGCAUUAUUCGUCAAUCAAACCAAUGGAGCACUUCUCGAAGCUGGAGACACUUAUAAAAACCUAAAAUUAGCCAGAACACUUCGUAUGAUUUCUGAAGAAGGUGGAGAUGCAUUUUACAAAGGGAAAAUAGCCAAAGCACUAGUGAAAGAUAUCCAAGAAGCUGGAGGAAUAAUCACAGAGGAAGAUCUAGAAAAAUACGAAGCUCGAGUUCAAGAUUCAUUCCAAACUACUCUUUACAACAAUUACACUUUGCACACGGUUCCAGUUCCAUCUUCAGGGCCUAUUUUAAGCUACCUGUUGAAAAUCGUGGAAGGUAUCAUACCAGCUCCUACAGAGCUACUGAACACUCAGCGUAUCACUGAAGCCAUGAAAUACGCUUAUGGUGCUAGAAGUCAAUUAGGUGAUCCUAAAUUUGUAGAUAUUUCCGAGACAAUGAAUCUCAUAACUUCUGAUCAAUUCAUUAAACACAUCAGGGAAGGAAUUGAUGAUAACAAAACGUGGGAUGAUCCAGCUCAUUACGGUGGCGAUUUCACCGAACCGAAGGAUAAGGGCACUGCCAACUUGGCAGUUUUAGCAGAAAAUGGCGACGCUGCAGUUGCAACUAGUACCAUUAACACGAGAUUUGGCAGCUUUGUUUUAUCAAAAAGUACCGGAAUCAUGCUAAAUAACCAAAUGGACGAUUUCUCAUCGCCAGGAAUCGUAAAUAAUUAUGGAGUAACUCCUUCCAAAGCGAAUUACAUCGCCCCUGGUAAAAUUCCUCUAUCUUCCAUGUGUCCUACAAUCAUCCUAAACCAAUCUGGCGAUGUUAGGUUAAUCAUAGGAGCUGCGGGUGGUACGCUAAUUACUUCAUCAGUGGCCAUAACCAUAAUGCGUGAUUUAUUGAUGGGAGAAAAUAUCAAAGAGUCCAUGGAUAAUGCUCUAUUCCAUCAUCAACUCAUGCCAAUGGUUUGGCAAUACUAUAUGAGAAUGCCAACAGAUAUUGUCGAAGGUAUGGAAAAAAUAGGCCAUAAAGUUAAGCUAAUGCCUCUUAGUUCAGGCUCUGCUGUCACUGGAAUUGAACGAAGAGAUGGUUUCAUUUAUCCGAGCAGCGAUUUCCGGAGAACGGGGGAAGUAGAAGGAUAUUGACCUGAGAAAAAGUAACGAGUUAGGUACCCCUAUUGAACGACUGGGCGAAUUUCGAGUAGUGACAUCUCGUAUCUUGAUAUUUUGUACGAUGUGAUGAAAAUUUAAAUAAUACUUACAUAAAUGCUUA